AUGGGUCAUAACGACAGUGUUGAAACCAUGGAUGAGAUUUCGAACCCUAACAAUAUUCUGUUACCACAUGACGGUACGGGACUAGAUGCUACUGGAAUUUCGGGUAGCCAAGAACCGUAUGGCAUGGUCGAUGUGCUGAAUCCAGACUCUUUGAAGGAUGAUUCUAACGUUGAUGAGCCAUUAAUCGAAGAUAUUGUCAACCCGUCCCUUGAUCCAGAAGGUGUUGUCUCCGCUGAACCAUCAAACGAGGUCGGCACACCUUUAUUACAGCAGCCUAUUAGUCUUGACCAUGUGAUUACCAGACCUGCUUCUGCCGGCGGGGUUUAUAGUAUAGGAAACAGCUCUACGAGCUCAGCUGCUAAAUUGAGUGAUGGGGAUUUGACUAAUGCCACGGAUCCUUUGUUGAACAAUGCACACGGUCAUGGUCAGCCAUCAAGCGAAUCCCAAAGCCAUAGUAAUGGAUAUCAUAAACAGGGACAGUCUCAGCAACCUCUGUUAUCUCUGAACAAGAGGAAGUUGCUUGCGAAGGCUCACGUCGAUAAGCAUCACAGUAAGAAAAAGCUAAGCACAACCAGAGCAAGACCUGCGUUUGUAAACAAGUUAUGGAGUAUGGUCAAUGACAAGAGCAAUGAGAAAUUUAUCCACUGGUCUACUAGCGGUGAGUCCAUUGUUGUCCCGAACAGAGAACGCUUUGUUCAAGAGGUUUUACCUAAAUAUUUCAAACACUCUAACUUUGCCAGUUUCGUGCGUCAACUAAACAUGUAUGGGUGGCACAAAGUUCAAGAUGUGAAGAGCGGUAGUAUGUUGAGCAAUAAUGAUAGCAGAUGGGAAUUUGAGAACGAAAACUUCAAGAGAGGUAAGGAGUAUUUGCUUGAGAAUAUUGUUAGACAAAAAUCAAACACCAACAUCCUUGGUGGAACCACUAAUGCGGAGGUUGACAUUCACAUUCUAUUGAAUGAGUUGGAAACCGUCAAGUACAAUCAGCUGGCCAUUGCUGAAGAUUUGAAGAGGAUAACUAAAGAUAAUGAAAUGUUAUGGAAGGAGAAUAUGAUGGCCAGAGAAAGACACCAAUCACAACAACAAGUUCUAGAAAAACUCCUAAGGUUUUUGUCCAGUGUUUUCGGACCAAACUCUGCAAAGACCAUUGGCAAUGGGUUCCAACCUGAUUUGAUCCAUGAACUCAGUGACAUGCAAGUGAACCACAUGAGCAACAACAACCAUAACAAUACCGGAAAUAUAAACCCCAACGCAUACCAUAACGAAACUGACGACCCAAUGGCCAACGUAUUCGGUCCAUUAACCCCAACAGACCAGGGCAAAGUCCCCUUACAGGAUUACAAACUAAGACCAAGGCUAUUGUUAAAGAACAGAUCUAUGUCGAGCUCAUCUUCGUCUAAUCUCAAUCAAAGGCAGUCGCCACAAAAUAGGAUUGUCGGACAAUCACCUCCACCACAGCAGCAACAACAACAACAACAACAACAAGGACAACCACAAGGACAACAAUUCUCGUAUCCAAUCCAGGGUGGAAAUCAAAUGAUGAACCAACUGGGGAGCCCUAUUGGAACUCAAGUUGGAAGUCCAGUUGGAAGUCAAUACGGUAACCAGUAUGGAAACCAAUACAGUAACCAAUUCGGCAAUCAGUUACAGCAGCAAACUUCACGUCCAGCGUUGCACCAUGGUAGUAACGGAGAAAUUAGAGAACUUACGCCUAGUAUCGUCAGCUCUGAUUCGCCUGAUCCGGCGUUUUUCCAAGAUUUACAAAAUAAUAUCGACAAACAAGAGGAAUCUAUCCAAGAGAUUCAAGACUGGAUUACUAAGCUCAACCCCGGUCCUGGAGAGGACGGAAACACUCCUAUUUUCCCAGAGCUGAACAUGCCUUCCUAUUUCGCCAACACAGGCGGCUCGGGGCAAUCCGAACAACCUUCUGAUUAUGGCGACUCACAAAUUGAAGAGCUUCGGAAUUCACGUCUGCAUGAGCCAGAUCGCAGUUUCGAGGAAAAAAACAACGGCCAAAAGAGAAGAAGAGCUGCUUGA